CGCACAACGAGUUUUACUCUCACCGUCGAAGCCAUUAUUCCAUUCCCGGAAAUACGGGUAACCCAUCGUCACCACCUAAUUUAGUCGAUCUGUUACACGGGGUGGAUGUUUCUGCUGCUGCAUCAGCGGUAGAUGAUUUAGAUAUUGGAUAUUUCAAAGGAAAAAGAUUUCCAUGGGCAUCACGCAUUUCGUGUCGGAUCCACAGUUUUCUCCCAAGAAGGUUUAAUGACCGUCGGUGCAAACUUUUUACCGGGGGACACACGAAAAUUUAUUGUAUCCACCUACGGAGACUAGUCAAUGGAAAUCCGUACCCGAAACAGAAUAAAAAAUUGUUUCCCGUGGUAGUUAAUGAGGGUGAUUU